AUGCAUGCCCAGUCUCUCAUCGUGUACAUCUGUGCGCUCUUCGCCUUUGCCAGCGUCUCGGCGGCCGAUAUCCAGAAGCGCUCCUUUAGCGUCAGCAGAGUAGCGAACCCAAACUUCACUGGGCGAAAUGGACCCCGCGCGCUCGCCAAGGUGUACAGGAAGUUCCUUGUGCCGCUGCCCAAAGGUCUUGAGGAGGCCAUGCACGCGCAGGACAAGAGGCAGGUCGCUGCUGCCCAGGCCAGGAAGAGAAGUCCCGAGCCGUUUCGGCCUAUGAGGCUGAGGCAGCCGGGACGAAGAGGACUGCUGGACGACUUGCUGCAGGGUCUGGGCCUCGAGGGCGGGAAGCAGAAUGGCAAUAAAGGUGAACAGAAUGGGAACCAGGGCGAGAAUGGAAAUAAGAACGGCAACAAGAACGGGAACCAGGAAGGGAACCAGAACGGAAACCAGAACGGAAACCAGGAAGGGAACCAGAAUGGGAAUCAGAACGGAAACCAGGAAGGGAACCAGAACGGAAACCAGAACGAGAAUGGAAACAACAACGGCAACAAAAACGGCACAACUGGCGCUCCUCCCCAGGGCACGGCGCCCGGGACAAACCAGACAGGAACGGUAGAGGCAAAGCCAGAGGUCAACGAUGCCGAGUACAUCUCGCCUGUCAAGAUUGGCGGCCAGACGGUCAACCUCGACUUUGACACGGGCUCCUCGGACCUGUGGGUGUUCAACACGCAGCUCGGGACGGGGUCUGGCGCCGGCCACCGCGUCUUCGACCCGCAACGGAGCCAGACGUUCCGGCUCAUGCCGGGAGCGUCCUUCAACAUCUCGUACGGCGACGGCUCCGGGGCCGUGGGCAACGUCGGCACAGACGUGGUCGACGUCGGCGGCGCCUCGUUCCCCAACCAGACGGUCCAGCUGGCCACGGCGGUCUCCAAGUCGUUCGUCGAGGACCAGAACAACGACGGCCUCAUGGGGCUCGCCUUUUCCAAGAUCAACACGGUCAAGCCGGUCAAGCAGGCGACCUUCUUCGACAACGUCAAGGACUCGCUCGCCGCGCCCGUCUUCACGGCGGACCUGCGCAAGGCCGCCAGCGGCUCCUACACGUUUGGCACCAUCGACGAGUCCAAGUUCAAGGGCCCGAUGGCGUGGAUCCCCGUCAACACCACCCAGGGCUUCUGGCAGUUCACCAGCGAGAGGUUCGCCGUCAACGGCGGACAGCCCAAGACCUCGACGCCCGGCGGCCAGGCCAUUGCCGACACGGGCACCUCGCUCAUGAUCGCCGACCCCGUCAUGGUCCAGGCCUACUACGACCAGGUCCAGGGUGCGCGGGUCAAUGCCCAGGAUGGCAGCGUCGUUUUCCCCUGCAACGCAAAGUUGCCUGACCUCGACGUCGACAUUGGCGGCGUGUACAUGGCCAAGGUUGCCGGGUCGGACAUGGUCUUUGCGGACCUUGGCAACGGCGAGUGCUUUGGUGGCUUGCAAGUCAGCCCGAUUCGCAACCUUGCCAUCUAUGGCGACGUCUUUUUCAAGUCGCAGUUUGUCGCGUUCAACGCGGGCAACGCCAGCUUGGGCAUGGCUCCUCACGCGUAG